CUCGCCGCCCGGCCCGCCGCUCCGACCGGUGCCCACGCCGCCGCCCGCGUCGCCGCCAUGGGAUCCAGCUCGUACCGCAUUGGCGACGGCUGCUCGCUGUCGCAGGCGCUGCGCUGCGGCCGCAAGAGUCGCUUCGGCUGGAUGCAGCACGUCAUCACCGUGCUCGCCUUCGUUCUCUUCGUGGUCGGCUGCACGGUGAUCGGCUACAUGGGCUGGGUGCUCUCCACCUCCGUGACCGUGGCUCGCUUCAUGUCAGGAGAGCUGGUCUUCACGUACGUCAUGGUGACGCUCGGCUUCCUCUACUUCUUCUCUGGCCUGGUCGGAUGGGUGUCCUCGUUCUCGGAGAACUACUGCCUCCUCCGACUGUUCAUGGUCCUUGUGCUGCUGAUGAUUAUUGGCGAGGUUGGUGGAUUGAUCACCCUGUACGCCAUGCAGUUCGAGCUUGCUGAUAUGCUGCAGAUUAGCUGGAACGAGGUCAACCAGAAUACGCGGAACUUUGUUCAGAAUGCGCUGGAGUGCUGCGGCUUCACGGGCCCCAAGGAGUUCGCCUAUACCAACAGCUUGUUGGACAGCACGUGCUACCAGGAGCUGCCGUCAGAGGGCGUGUACACGAGCGAGACACAGGCCCAGACCGUGCAAGAACUGCGGCAGGACGGCUGCGGCAUCCAGAUGGAGCACUGGAUUCGGGCCAACAAGGUGACCUGGGUUCCGGCGCUGGCCUGCCUAGCCGGUCUGCAAAUCCUCACCCUCUGCACCACCAUGUUCGUGAUCAAGAGGAAGCGCAAGACGCAGCGAAGCUCCCGUUCCAGCUCCACCAGACAGCUCCACGACUACCUCGAGUAGCGUCGGCUGGGUGUGAUCGGUGUAACAAGUCGGAAGGCUACCCGGGUCAGUCUGCUGUUUCAAGGCGACCGUCGGGUGCAAAAGCCACUCUCCUGCACAGCUGUUGACGGGCCGAAGCCUGCGUCUCUGAUAGGCUGGCGCCUGGUCAUACCCAGGCCAUGGCAGACUUCACCGUCCAGCCCUGGCAGGCUGGAGGCUUCUCCGUGGCAGGCCAUGGCAGGCUGAAGGCUGCUCCACGGCAGGCCAUGGCAGGCUGAAGGCUGCUCCGCGGCAGGCCAUGGCAGGCUGGAGACUGCUCCACGGCAGGCCAUGGCAGGCUGAAGGCUGCCCCGCAGCAGGUUAUGGCAGGCUGAAGGCUGCUCCGCAGCAGGCUAUGGCAGGCUGAAGACUGCUCCUAUCAUUGCCUUGGAGGGAACAUGUACCCGAGUCUGCUCUCUGGUUUCUGAUGACGGCUCACGUGAUUGUGCAAAUAUGCCCCUGAGGCGGUGUCGGAUGAGGGGACGGUUGGGCCGUAUGGGGUUUUCAGGGCGUGGGCACAGGACGGCUGCAGUAUCCGUAAUGCAUGUCAUUAGGGGUCAUGUGCCUACAGCGAUCAUGUGCCGCGAUCAUGUUUUGCUGCGGUUACGUGACAUGGCUGCAGAAAGUAGCGCACGGUCCGCUAAGGUCGAAGACGAAUGACCAGCUAGGGUAAUCAUGCAAAAUAUGCAUCAUGAAUGAUAGCUCUUCUCUCAUAGAAAGUAUGCAUUGCCGCAGGAAAAGUGGUGCACAUGAAUGGUCGCAAAAGACGUAUCUGUCAACGUCGCUGUUGUCAUAGUAACAAUGAUUGUCCAUCGUGGUGGCCGCAUGAAAUUUGUUUUUUAUGUGAUCAUCGAGUCCGCGCAUGGAAUUCCAAACUCGUAACUAAGAAUCGAUAGUUAUCUUUGACACCGGGUGUGUAUGUCUGCGUUGGCGCGAGCUCGUGAGGGGUUGUGGGGUAAUUAAAUUGUGCGGGGCUGUGUUUAGGAGAUCGAUGUCAGUAACCUUUGACAACCUAGCUGAUGGUCAUGGAAGUUUGUAUUUAUGUAUAAAUAAAUCAUCUCAUUUUCAUUUAUUUCCUCCCAUCGAAACCCAACGAAUGAUGCUUGCAUUUAUUGUGGCCACGUGGAUAACAUCUGAAUGCAUUUUGUUGUACAGCCUUGUGAAAACAUGAAUAUAAUCAUUUCUGAUC